AUAUAAUCAUAUUUCGAAUUAGGUUUCAGUCAUGAGACUAGAUAAUGGAUCACAAGAGCAGCUGCUUAAAACGUGAAUAAGACUGUUGAUAGCUGAAAAAACUAAAAAAAAAUCAACCAAUAUUUAAAUGAUUUGCAUGCAGAUGAGCUAACGUUAUGUGAGGAAGUGAUUUGGAAUCGAUUCCAAGGGGUGGAGCAAAAUGGAUUAUCUAAAAAAACAUGUUGACGCUACAGCAAACUUGUGCGACUUACUUUGCAGGAAGUCUUUUCUAUACAACCAAAGAGUCAAGUGUAACCAUGCUCGCCAGAAAUAGCCGACCCACCAUUAAUUUAUUCAAAACAUGAAAUAUAUGCCUACGUUUUUCUCUUGAAAGAACAGAACACUGUUGAAGCCCAUGUUGCCACAUGAGCAUACUGCAACGCUAUAACCCCUUAUGCUCAAGUGUAUUCAUCUUCGCACAAAAGGCAUAACGAUGUGUUAUUGUUUCCAAACAAAUCCUUGUCAUCGUUUGCUGCUGGCGUUCUAUAUGAAGAUUUCUCUAAAGUGUACCGUACCGGAUGGCAGUGUUUGUGGGUUGAAGCAUGACGCAUGAGCACAACCACGGGACCACCGCCAUGCGCGUUAGCAAGGCCACUGCCUUGUGGUGUCCCGGUAGCAGCAGCAUAAGACCUCACAUUUCGUAGCACUGUAUCUCUGCUGGGCAGAACGCGAGCGGACAUAGCUGGAGUGAAUAAGCAUAUUUCUUCUCUUUUUCCCCGUUUGAGCCAGCUGUUUGUUACUCCGAAGAGGCUUAUAUUUUCCGAAUGUUUUUAUUUACGCUCUUGUUGAUAAACAGUUCAAUGUAAUAUAACGAACGAUGUUUGCGUACGGUCGAUCCGAGAAACAUGCAGACGAAGAAAGAAAACGCAAAUCUAUCUUCGGUGUCUACUUUGUGCGUCGGUUUUAAGACUUUUUGGCCAGCGCCAUCUUCGCCCCGAAUCAGCCCACAGUGUGUAAAUGCGUAUCGAUUCGUGAAGCAGACAGUGCAGCAGUAGCAGCGUGAAGCAGAAACGAAGUUCCCAACUAGCUUGGUUUGGACCGAUACGGCGCUGGACAGAGUAGUACCAAGCAGCGGCAUCAUCGUUUUCGACUUGCCCUCCCCUUGUUCCGGAAGCAAACAAACAAAGCUGGAGCGUUAAAUUACUGCAGUAGAAACACGCCAAGUUUUCAGCGUUGAACGUUGUGUCGCUUGCAAACACCAUCGUUACAUGCGUCCAGCCCUGUACGGACGGGCGCAGCAUAGAAUAGCAUAAAAGAAAACGGAACACGUUGCCGCACACAUUUUCCUCGUCUCUCGUGGUUUCCCACAUUUUCCCUUUUGCGUCGUUAUUCAAUCUAUCACGUGUUUGCUUCGAGUUUUCUUCUAUUGUGAAUGUACAAAUUUGUAGCGUCCAUGAACACUACUCUGCUGUGACGCCGCCGAGCUCUACAGUUAUCGUUGUGUAGUGAAGUAUCCGUAUGAAUGUAGGUAAUGCAGGCCUCGAGAAAUAUAGGUUUACCUCAUGAAUGAAUUAAACAACUGUAUGCCGCUAAAGCGCAAUAAUCAAACCGUGUUGUGAACCGAGUCGCGCAAAUGUGUGUGAUCUAUUCUUAAGGCCUUUUCAAUCAGGCAAAGUGUUACGUGAAAACAGAACAGACCAUUUUCAAUAUGCAAUAAAAGCUGACGGUACCGUUGAUUGCGAAGAAAGAAACAUCUUCGACGAACAUAAGCCCUUGUGCCAGCCCGGUGUAAAAUAAACACAGAAAGAAAAAUCAAAGGAGCUUGGAAAAUAAACAAUACAAAGAGAGAAAAUAUUCAGAUCGUUCCAACCGUCGCCAUUCAUUUUCCUCGCUUGGGGGGAAAAACUGCAACGAAGAAAAGAUUCGGUAUUGCUAUUUGAAUAAAAAUCAGUGCCGCAGCGAGGUAAAACAAAGACGAACUGCACACCGUGUGCUAUAGCUGUGUGUAGCAACGAUACUUUUUAGAGUGAGCAAAACAAAACGAAAGGGAUAUAGACGGGAGAAAUAGCGGUACAUUCAACGAUGAAUCCAGGCCAUUCAGGAACGACGAGGCGACCCUACUCACGCGGAGCCGCCCCAAGGAAUCGCUCUCGUAUGCCGUUCUCGCCUCACCAUUCACAUCAUUCCAAUCGCAACCAUGGCGGCCACAGCCAGUCCUGGUACAACAAGGACAUGGAGAAUAGCUUCAACUAUGGUGAUAAUAACGGGAGUAGUCCUAAAGAAUCCUUCACAUACUCACCAAAAUCCCCACCAAUGCAAUUACAUUCCCCUCCAAUCACCAAUCGUCCAAUCUUAAUGCCUUACGGUGCUACUGAAGAUGGUAGUGUUAAUAAUAGAUCUCAACAAAUUCUUAGAGCUGGACCAAGCCAUAAUGACCGGCGAAAUAACAUGAGUAUGCAGGAUAGAAACCGGCAUACCAAUAGUGCAUCUACUUUGGAUCGUCAUUCGAAUCAUUUCGAAGGACCUUCGAAUUCAUCCAGAGGGUCAGACCUACAUCUGGAUGCAAGGUCUGUCCUGUCGUUGGAUUCGAUGCGAAAUAGUCGUGAGAAUAACAGGGAACGCAUCAGUCCGCCAUAUCAUCAGGGUAACAGUUCGCAUACGAACAACCACCAAACACCAAGUCCGUCGUACAACUCCGACGGAAGCAACGGAAUCAAAUCGGAUAGUCCAUCACGCAAAAGACGUCGUGUUUCAAGAAUGCCUAGUCAAUCUCCACCGGCCAUUUGGGAUCAUCGAAGAUCACCUCGGAACAAUAACAACCACCACAGCAACCAUCACAGUCAUCCUCCACAGCAGCAGCUGCAGCUACAGCAACCACCCCAUCUGAGUCAACACCAUCAAAACCAACACAACCAUUUGCACUUGCCUCAGAAUCAGCCCGGUCUGGUGCCAUUGCAACAGGGAAGUCCACCGAUCCGUAGACCAAGAUUCCGUGAACAGCCACGUCCUUGGGAGGCAAUGCCACAGGUUUUCCAACAACCGUCACCACCUCAGCCACAGCAUCAGCAUCCCUCACUGAUGGUUGACAUCAAUCAAGUUCCUGUUAGCCUUCCAUUGGGUCACCAUGAGCAACUGUGGACGUACUCAGCUGGACCACACAUCUCGAUUUGCUCAGGUCACCCAGCCGCACCGCACAUACCACCUUGCCAAGUUCAUGGAGUCUAUUCACAACCGUUUGCUCAAACCUGUAACAUUGGAGGACACUUCGGAGCCUUCGCAUCUACACCUGCUGCUCUUGCAGUACCGCAUCCGCAUCCACAUCCACAUCCACAUGCACAUCCACAUCCACAUCCACAUACACAUCCACAUCCACAUCCUCAUCCGCAUCCCCAUCCGCAUCCACAGCCACAUCAGCCUCAUUACCAGCAUCCUCACUUAGCUCAACAGCGACCCGAUGGGCUAUCCCUUGACGGGCUGGAUCAUACUGGUGCUUCUCCGUUGCAUGUGUCUCCACUUGCCGCAGCACAUAUCCAUUCCUCGCCACAAAUGACUCAGAUAUCGCCACCAACUCCAAUCUAUAUUUCAACGGAAGGACGCACGGGCCAAUUCGAGCUGCUGCAUAGAACGGCUCGCCGCGCUAUCACCGCUCCACGCCGGAACUUUACCCGCUUCCAUUGGCCAGCUCCACCGCCACCGUCCCAUCCACAUGCCCAUCCGGCUCAUCGCCAUCCAAGUCUACAGCAUCAAACGCUAGCUCCACAGCCAACGCAGGUAUCCCUGUCGGCUACACCGUCCGCAUACUCCGGCAUUCUGCUGAAUUUCUUAGCCAUGUUCCCGCUGUCGAUGUAUGAACAGCCGGACCUCAACUCACCCGACUCUAACGAAACGGAGAACUACGAAGCGUUACUUAGCUUAGCAGAACGCCUGGGUGAGGCGAAACCACGUGGUCUCGCACGGCCGGAAAUCGAUCAGCUGCCUAGUUACAAAUUCAAUGCGGAAACACAUACAGGGGAUCAAACAUCCUGCGUGGUGUGCAUGUGUGACUUCGAAUCUCGUCAAAUGUUGCGAGUGCUACCGUGUUCGCAUGAAUUCCACGCGAAAUGCGUUGAUAAGUGGUUGCGGGUAAGUGACCGUGUCGGUACUUUGUUCCAUUAUAUCGUCGUUUCGGAUUCCUCCACCGAAAUCAUCUUCAUCAACUUGCAUGCAAAAACGGGUGGGAAUCUAGCACCAGUGACUUCAUUCAAGGUUUAGUCUCAUGUAACACAAAUUCAUAGAAUUAUGUUGAGUAAUCAGCUUUACAACCAAAACCAGUCAUUUAAAGGUUAUAUAAACUGUCAUAGAACAUGUGUGUGGUAGAGUCAGCGUAUAAUGAGUCACGCCAAGAGUGAAGCCAAGUCUACCUAUUGAACUGUCAAACCGGCUACCUAUCGUGCAAAGUAAACAAACAUUACGAUGCUAUGAAAGGUCCACGAAAGGUAUUGCAAUAAAAUAUAAAAUAUAAUCGAAGAAAUGAUCAUAAACACGCAGUGAGCAUUCAAUUGUCAUGGGAUACGUUUGGUAACGAUCAGUAAUGAGAAUUUCUACUAUUUUUUGUUGAGAUGAUUGGACAAAAUCACUGAUAUAAUGAUUUACAACAGCCGCUAUUUUUUUGCUCGCUAGAAGUCAUUUGAAGUUGAUGUAGCAGUCCUCUGUUGCCAAGUGAAAAGAAAUGGAAUCUUUCGAAAACCGUGAUGCGAGUUCAA